ACUAAAUAUUGCAUACUUACUGCGACACUUUCGAUAUAAUAUUGCACAACGUGAUAUUGCGAUAACGAUAUUGAGUCGAUAUAUCUUGCACCCCUACUACUACUGCUAGAUAUAAGUAGUACUGUUUGUUAGUUCACUGUACCUGCACAUAAGGUGACCUCAAGAAAAAACAAGGGGGUGAAUACUUGUUAAGGUACUGAUAAAGCUCCCACAGAUUGACAGGCAUUUUCCGAAAAACACUCUUCCUACAUUUGACGCUUAAUCCAACUUCACUCGACAUCGAGAUGACUUAAUGAUUUGAUUUAUUGCCGAUGAAAUUUCUCAGAUGCGUCGAGGCCUUUUAAAGACAAUGAUCUCUCUGGUGUGUGUGUGAGAUGAUUUAUGGCUGGUGUGUGCCAUGAAAUACAGGAAUCAUGUUUUCUGUGUAAAUCCAGAGGUAUAUUUUUGAUUGGAAGUUUUAUGACAAACUGAGUGUAUAUUAAUAUAACGCCAUAAAUUAUGUCAUCUUUCAUGUUUGUAUUGUAUUUUUUUAGCUCUGCUGGGUGUAGGAAUGUUGGGUUUGUGCAUUUGGUACAAAUCUUAGUAUGUGUGCAUAUGUUUUAGCAUUUUGUCUGUUUUUCUCGGGUGACUUUUACAGACAGUCCGACAAUGUUUAAAUAAAGUUUAAACAAUCCCAGAAAUGUAUGUAAAAGUCAGUUUUGUAUACUUGACAAAAACUGAACAAAAGUGCCUGAAAACAUUUUAGUUGGAUUGUUUUAUUUCUUUCUUCAGGUUUGAAUUAUUUUGAUUAAACGAUAAAAAGAAAAAUUGUAUAUUUUAUCAUCUCAACAUUCUUUCAACUUUUCCAUGGUUGUUUCUGUAAAUUGUAUUGUUUAUGGAUCAAAUAAACUUUGGUGAGAAUGGAGAUGUCUGAAAGUUGUCUUAAUUUGAACAGUUUGCUGUCAGUGACCAGCACCUCGGAGCUCAGUCACCUGCCAUUGGCUCCUGUUGUGCUCCACCUCUGAGAGAAAACACAUGUUGGAGCAGGUGUCAAGCUUCACCUUAACAUUAGUUUAACUUAAAAUGAGCCUCUGAAGGUAUGGAGUUUUCAACGGAUUCAGAGAAACAACAUCUGAUUGAGACUCAGUUGGAGGCUCUUAGAUGGACGAGUUCUCCAGAGGACAGAUGUUCAGACUCUCUGUCUGAGUCCAGUGAAGAUGGCUCCAGCAUGGACGGCCUGUGGCAGCCCGACCAGCUCUGCCAGGAGAUAGACUCGAUGUCGGUGGCUGAAAGCGACCACAGACGGUUGGCCAGAAGGAAGCUUUUCAUGGCCUGCGCCAUCAGCCUCGUCUUUAUGACCGGAGAGGUGAUUGGUGGAUACGCUGCUCGCAGUCUGGCCAUCAUGACAGAUGCAGCACAUCUUCUGACUGACGUUGGCAGCAUCGGGAUCAGCAUCUUCUCUCUGUGGAUCUCAUCCAGGCCUCACACACACACUAUGACAUUUGGGUGGCAUCGAGCAGAGAUUCUGGGCAUGUUGCUGUCAGUUGUGUCUAUCUGGGCGGUGACAGCAGUGCUGGUCAUAACAGCCAUUCAGAGGAUCACUGAUGGAGACUACGACAUUGACAGUCAGAUCAUGCUCCUAACCUCCGGCUGUGCAGUGGGGGCCAACGUCCUGAUGGUCCUGAUCCUCCAUCAGUCUGGAGCCUCACACGGCCACAGUCACAGCUUUCCCAGCAGCCGGCUGCAGACGGACAACCAGCGCCAGGGGCACGGCCACCAUCACAGCCACGGCAACGGCAGCGUGAAGGCAGCUUUCAUCCACGUGGUUGGAGAUCUGGUGCAAAGUGUCGGGGUCCUGCUGGCUGCCACCAUCAUCCACUUCUGGCCUGAAUAUAAAGCCGCAGAUCCAAUUUGCACAUUCCUGUUCUCUGUUCUUGUUCUUGGAACGACACUUCCAGUCACAAAGGAAGUUUUCAGAAUCCUGAUGGAGGGAGUUCCUCAGGGCGUUACCUUCAGCACUGUGAGAGAGCUGCUGCUGUCUGUGAGAGGAGUUGUGGGUGUUCACAGUCUGCACAUGUGGAGCCUCAACAUGACUCACUCUUUACUUUCUGUCCACGUGGCCACAGAAGAAGAUGCCGACUCGCAGAUCGUUCUCAGGAAGGCAACAAAGCUCCUGCGCUCUGAGUUUGGUUUCUCCAGCGUCACAAUCCAAGUGGAGCGUUAAAAGGACGACUGCUGACAGCAGCAGGACUGGAUGAGGACUGUGGAGACUGACAACUCAAGCGCUGGUUUACUGCUCAACAGCCUCUGGUUACACUGGUACAACUGAACAUUUUUAAAUUUCAGGAGUUUGUCUGCAACUGUUUUAAUGCAAGGAGCAGCUCGUUACCAUGUUGCUGUUUAGUAAUCCUCACUCAGGUGUUGUAUAUGCUUCCAUCUUCUAAACAUUUUAUUCACAGGGGAUUCCUGUAAAGAGCUGUGAGUCUUUGAUAACAUAUUUAUUCAUGCUGUCACUACGGUCAUGUUUGAGCUUUGUUUAUUAAUUAAACUCCCAGAGUUGGCUACUGGCAGUCAUUACAUUGGCAUAAUAAAUGUUUUUUUUUUAUUUAUGAA